UCUUCCCCACAACACUAUAUCUGUCAAGCUAAACCGAAAAAGGACACCUGCCUAGAUUUAAAAAUAAAAUAACUUGUACAAAUAAUGUUAAUAAAAAAAUGCAAUAUCAAUGUCUAAAUUGCUAUUUCCUACAUUAUGAUAUACCACAAUAUUUUGGCGUGAUUUUUUUGUGGAUACGACACCGUGAUUCGCAUAGCUGAUAAUCGUUUUGACGUGGAAACGUUGCACUUCCGUUUUGAGUCUAGCUAGCUAACGGUAGCGUUAGCACCGCAGCUCCAGGGAUGGCGGAGGUUCCCGGGACAUCAAGUGAGACGAUAACGGAGACUGUUCAGACUAGCACACCGCCGCCGCCCCAGCAGGAGGGACGAAGCCUGACAAUCAAGCUGAGGAAGAGGAAGACUGAGAAGAAGGUGGAGUGGUCUAGUGACACUGUUGACAAUGAGCAUCUGGGAAGAAGGUCUUCAAAGUGCUGCUGUGUUUAUGAGAAGCCUCGACAGUUUGGAGAGUCGUCGUCUGAAAGCGAGGGAGACGAUGAUGAAGAGGGGUGUGGCAGUGCUCAUUGUAUUCUGGGCCAUGGCAGGAGAGGCGAUGGACAGAGAAGGGCUGGGGGGACCACAGUGCCCCCAAACUCUGGAGGGUCACACACCCAAUAAUGAGCAUUGCAGGCUGAUUGUGGGGUCUGAGUGGUUUCUCACCACAACAAUGACACAUUACAAAACUGCACUCUUAUUUCGUUUAGUUCCAUCACUGAGGUACAGGCAGGCCUGGUGCUGCGUUCUAGUCGUGAGUCAGAAAUUCCCAGCUGCUGGAGCAGGAUUACAGCCUCUGUACUGCUGCGCAGAAAAACAUUGAGCAACACAGAUUAUUUAAUUAGCCUCACUGAAAAUCCUGCUCUCCUUUCAAGAGCUCAAAGUAUGCUUCUUAUUGUGCCAACUACCAUACAUAACAUGGAAUGAUAACUACAAGUUCACAUUUUAAAUUUCUUUUUAACUCUAUCACAAAGGACAUGUUCUGUGAUGACAAUAGAAUUUUAAAGGGCCAUACCAGUGUUUUUUGUAUGUUUUAGCCCUUUUACUACAAAUCACACACACUAUGCAUUAGAUGUCAGCUGAGCAUUUUCCAAAGCAUAACAUAGGAUGGUAAUGUAUGAAAUGCUUCCUUAUUUUCCAGACAGCCGUUGGUUUCCAUUCAUUUCACAAUGCUAUGAAAAUAAACUUUGAGGUUUGUAAUCCAUUACAGUGAACAUCCUCGUUGCUUUUAUUUUUCCUCAGAGUUGUUGGAAAUGCAAUUAGGGUUGCAACUGAUGAUUAUUCUCAUCAUUGAUUAGUCUGCUGAAUAUUUUCUUAAUCAAUGGAGUAGUCAUUUUUGUUUAGAAAAUGUCGGAAGAUAGAAAAGAAUGUCCGUCACACCAUCCCAGGGCCCAAGCGAUGUACAGCAUUUGACCUGCAGUCUAGUUGCCAAAAAUACUCUCAUAUAUUAAGUUCACUAUCAUACUGUACAUGACAGAGAAUAACAUCAAGUCUUCACAUUGCAGAAGCUAGAACCAGCGAGUGUUUGGUAUUUUUGAUUAUAAAUUACUGAAAUGAUUACCAGUAAUCAAUUAUCAAUAUAGCUAUAGAUUAUUUUCUGUCAGUCAAAAAACUAACACACUGACAAAUCAGUUUAGCUCUAUUAUUGAUUUUUUUUUUUUCUUCAUUUCUUUCAAUUUAUUAAUAUUUUGGUCCUAAGAAUUUAAAAAAAAAAAAAAAAAAA